CGGGAUUCGGCGCUCUCACGCCCUUGGCCGCGGCCGGGCGCCGCUUUCCCUUCCGCUUCCGACGCGCGGUCGCCAAGCCGGUGUAUGUGCGGGAAUAACAUGUCCGCCCCGCUACCCGCCAUCGUGCCAGCCGCCCGGAAGGCCACCGCUGCGGUCAUUUUCCUUCAUGGAUUGGGAGAUACAGGGCAUGGAUGGGCAGAAGCCUUGGCAGGUAUCAGAAGUUCACACAUCAAAUACAUCUGCCCACAUGCGCCGGUUAUGCCUGUUACGUUAAAUAUGAACAUGGCUAUGCCUUCUUGGUUUGAUAUUAUUGGGCUUUCACCAGAUGCACAGGAAGAUGAACAUGGAAUCAAACAAGCAGCAGAAAAUGUUAAAGCAUUGAUAGAUGAAGAGGUGAAGAACGGAAUUCCUUCUGCCAGAAUUAUUUUGGGAGGAUUUUCUCAGGGAGGAGCUUUAUCUUUAUAUACUGCUCUUACCACACAACAGAAACUGGCGGGUGUCGUGGGGCUCAGUUGCUGGCUUCCACUUCGGACCUCAUUUCCACAGGGUCCCAUCAGUGGUGCUAAUAAAGAUAUUUCUAUUCUCCAGUGCCAUGGAGAUUUCGACCCUUUAGUUCCCGUAAUGUUUGGUUCUCUUACUGUGGAAAAGCUAAAAACAUUGGUAAACCCAGCCAAUGUGACCUUUAAAACCUACGAGGGCAUGAUGCACAGUUCCUGUCCGCAGGUAAGGAAACUGAAGUCUUGAGAGACAAACUGGUCACAGAGCUAUUACGUGGAAGACCGAGGAUUCAAAUUGAUGUGCCCAGCCUCAAAUGGUAGAGGGUCAGUGAAAAAGAGGAAGACUCUCAAUGACGUGGUUUGACACAGUGGCUGUAACAAUGGGUCCAAACAGCAAUGAUUGUGAGGGUGGCACAGGCCUGAGAGUGCUUCAUUCUUUUAUACGUAGGACGGGCUGUUGCACCUGACAGCAUCCACUCAACAUACCACUUACAUAAGAAUCCCAGCUCAGACCCUGCUUUCAAGAAGCCGGACCCAAGGCAUUUCUGUCUUAGAGAACUUAGAGUACUUGCCACUCUUUAACUUGGGAAGUUCUGUAAAUACCUGCUUGAAUGAUGAUAUUUCAGUAUAUUGCCCCACCUGUUAAGGCAUUUUAAACUCUACUGGUGAUUACAUCCAAGAAAACCCUAUGUCGCAAGCCUACUCUAGCACACGGGGGCAUCAUGGCUCAGAAUCUACUCAACGUCUAGCAACCACAGCAACAACAGCACCUUAAGAUAAAGACAGGAAACUAUGAAGAGUAACGUUUUUGUCAUUGCAGGUGAUUCUUUUGCUCUCAGAGGACUUUCCGAAGUCACAGCCAUGGCUAGGGAUACUGCCUUAGUCCAUCCCAAGUACCCUAAGUAUUAUUACUUUUUAAAAAUUUUUAUUGUGCUUUAAGUGAAACUUUACAAAUCAAGCCAGACUCUCAUAUGAAAAUUUAUAAAUGCCUUGCUAUAUACUCCUAAUUGCUCUCCCCCUAAUGAGGCAGCACACUCCUUGCCUCGCUCUCUCUUUUCGUGUCCAUUCGGCCAGCUUCUGACCCCCUGUACCCUCUCAUCUGCCCUUCAGACAGGAGAUGCCAACAUAGUCUCAUGUGUCUACUUGAUCCAAGAAGCUCAUCCUUCACCAGUAUCAUUGUCUAUCCCAUAGUCCACUCCAAUCCCUGUCUGAAGAGUUGGCUUUGGGGAUGGUUCCUGUCUUGGGCUAACAGGAGGCCUGGGGACCAUGACCUCCGGGGUCUUUCUAUUCUCAGUUAGACCACUGAGUCUGGUCUUUUUAUGAGAAUUUGAGGUCUGCAUCCCACUGCUCUCCUGCUCCAUCAGGGGUUCUCUGCUGUGUUCCCUGUCAGGACAGUCAUCAGUUGUAGCUGGGCAUAAUCUAGUUCUUCUGGUCUCAGGCUAAUGUAGCCUCUGCUUUAUGUGGCCCUUUCUGCCUCUUGGGCUCAUAAUUACCUUGUGCCUUUGGUGUUCUUCCUUCUCCUUUGCUCCAGGUGGGUUGAGACCAAUUGAUGCAUCCGAGUAACCUAAGUAUUAUUUACCUUCCCUCAUAGUUUUGCUAAGUAAAUAAGUGAACCAGGAAAUUAAAAACGCUAAGUUCAUAUAGGUCCAUAAUUAUCAACCAAUCAAAUAAGAUCAUGUCACCUAACCCCUUGUUUCUCUAUCCAUAUACUUCUGUUUAGUGUCCCUCAAAGGUGAGGGCAUUUAGCAGAAUGUUUGAGAGAUUCAGUUCUGAAAUGUAAAUAUAUGAGAUUAGUACUUGUAAUUUUUAUAUAUGAAAUAUUUUUACAUUUUGUUGUUGUUAGGUGCCGUCGAGUCGUUUCCAACUCAUAGCGACCCUAUGCACAACAGAACGAAACACUGCCCGGUCCUGCGCCAUCCUUACGGUCACUGUUAGGCUUGAGCCCAUAGUUGCAGGCACUGUGUCAGUCCGUCCCAUUGAGGGUCUUCCUCUUUCCCACUGACCCUGUACUUUACCAAGCAUGAUGUCCUUCUCCAGGGACUGGUCCCUGGAGAUCUGAUAACAUGUCCAAAGUAUGUGAGAUGUAGUGUCACCAUCUUUGCUUCCAAGAAGCAUUCUGGUUGUACUUCUUCUGAGGCUGUUUUGAUCAUUCUUUUGGCAGUCCAUGGUAUACUCAAUAUUCUUCACCGACACCACAACUCAAAGGCAUCGAUUCUUCGGCCUUCCUUAUUCAUUGUCCAGCUUUUGCAUGCAUAUGAGGCAGUUGAAAACACUGUGGCUUGGGUCAGGCACACCUUUAGUCCUCAAGGUGACGUCUUUGCUUUUUAACACUUCAAAGAGAUCUCUUGCAGCCGAUUUGCCCAAUGCAAUGUGUCUUUUUGAUUUUUUUAAUAUUUACAUGGGAAGCAGUUAUUUAUGAAAUACUUUUCUAUUUUAAAUAUUUUUACAUGUGACAUUUAUGUAUGAAAUAUUGUAUGUAAGAAAUAAUUUUAUAGAUGAAAUGAUUUUAUGAAAUAGUUUUAUAUAUGAAAUAUUUUAUAAUAUAUUUAUACAUGAACUAUUUAACUUAUGAAAUAUUUUACAUGUGGAAUAUUUUUACAUAUGAAAUAUUUUCACACAGCAAUAUAUUUAUAGAUGAAAUAUUUUAUAUAGAUGAUUUUAUAUAAGAAAUAUUUUCAAACAAGAAAUAAUUUCUUAUAUGAAAUGUUUUUAUAUGUAACUUUUUAUAUGUGAAAUGUUUUCAUAUAUGAAGUAGUUUUUUUUUUAAUUUUUGAGUGAAACUUUACAAAUCAAGUCAGUCUCAUACAAAAAUUUAUAUGCACCUUGCUCUGUACUCCUAGUUGCCCUCCCAGUAAUGAGACAGCACACUCCUCUCAGCCCUCUAUUUUCAUGUCCAUUUAGUCAGCUCCUGACCCCCUCUGCCUUUUCAUCUCCCCUCCUGCCCACAUAGUCUCAUGUGUCUACUUGAUUCCAAGAAGUUCACUCCUCACCAGUAUCAUUUUCUAUCUUAUAGUCCAGUCCAAUCCCUGUCUGAAGAGUAGGCUUUGGGAAUGGUUCCUGUCUUGGGCUAACAGAAGGUCUGGGGACCAUGACCUCCGGGGUCCCUGUAGUCUCAAUGAGAUAUGAAGUAGUUUUAUAUAUGAAAUGAUUUUUAUAUAUAACGUUUUUAUAUAAGACAUGUUUUUCUGUAAGUACAUUUUUAAUCAUGAAAUUUUUAUGCAAGUGAUAUUUUAAUAAAAUAUAUGAAGUAUAUACAUAUAUGAAAAAUAUGACAUCUUUACAAAUGAUAUUUUAACAAAAGAAAUAUAUUAGAUUAAAAUUAAGUAUAUUAACGUGAAAUAAUCUUACAUAUCAAAUAUUUUUAUGUAUGAAAUAUUUUGUGUGGAAAACAUCUUUAUAUGUGACACAUGUCUUUAUGUGUGAAACAUCUCUAUGGCGAACACGUCUUUAUAUAUAAAACUCCAUUACGUGUGAAACACGGCUUUUUGCGUGUAACAUGUCUUUAAGUCAAUCAUGUCUUUAUGUGUGAAACACGUUUUUUUGCGUGAAACAUGUCUCUACGCGUGAAACGUCUUUAUGUUGGGACACAUCUUUAUUUUGAAACAUCUUUAUGAUGAAACAGGUCAUUAUGUUAAAACGUGUUUAUAUUGAAACAUGUAUUUGUGAAACUCAUCUUUAUGUGCGAAACACGUCUUUAUGUCGAAACAAGUCUUUAUGUUGGAACGAGUCUUUAUGUUGAAACAAGUCUUUUAUGGGAAGCACUUUAUAUUGAAAUGUCUAUUUGUGAAACUUGUCUUUUUUAUUAAACACAACUUUAUGUGUGAAAAA